AUGGCCGUGUUCGUGCGCUCACUGCCCGGCCUGGAUCCUGCUGUGUUGCAGCAGGUGGUGAGCCUGGGAGGAUCAACAACAACACAGAGUCCCCCGAGUUUGUUGCUGGGGGAAGCCAUUCCUAAGGGCGGUGUGCUGGGGAGGGACGUGAGGGAGGCGGGUGGGGCCUGCCUGCCCUUGUGCGGUGGUGGUGGUGGCGGCCUCCACCCCUUUUAUUAUCUGUUGUUCCUUCACAGUGCUGGGGGCGGGGGGCAGCCCUGGGACAUUGGGAGGUGGGGACGGGCGCUUCCCGUUCUCCCUGCCGCCAACAGCGCUCAUGCUAGUUUCUGGGGCAGGAGUGGAGGCAGCACAGAUAGCGAGGACGAGGAGGAGGAGGACGAGGAGGACGGCGAGGAGGACGGCCAGGGGGCCCAAGAUGGGACCGGGCCCCCCUCUUACCCCAGCCCUGGCCCCCAGCCUCCCAGCCCCAGUUGGGCAGCCGCCUUUGACCCAGUGCCUACAGACACCCUGACCGGCCCCCAAGACUCUGGGGAGGAGGAGCGGCACUCUGGGCCCCCUGCCCCUCAGGGGCCCGUCGGUGUGCCCCAGGACCUCCCCAGCCCGAGCCCGGCCGGCCCCGUGGCCCCCAGCACUCUGCAGCUCAGGUCCCAAGAUCCCGCACCCUCCUCAGCACCUCAGGAAGCCUCAGGUGGCCGCAAAGUAGCGGAGCCCUCAGCCCCCUGCCAGGCCUUGGUCAGCGUCCGGGACCUCCAGGCCACCCUCCGAAGGACAAGCUCCACCCCCAGCCCCUUGGACAGUGCAACCAGAGACCCUGCUACCUCUGUCCCAGCCCUUGGGGCCCCCCAGCCGCCCCAGGCCAUGGAGAGGGAGAAGAGCCCAGAGCCCACGGGGCUCCCGCAGAACCAGAGUGCCCAGGCCCUGCAGCUGCCUGCACUUUCCCUGGGCCGGGAGCUCAAGGACCCUCGCCUGGCCCGCGGCUCUGGGGGCUGGGGUCCCGGCCAAGACGCCUCUCCCGUGACAUUCCCACAAGGCCCUGACAACACUCACGAAACCCCUGCGCCUCCCACAGGCCCUGGGCAGGGGUUUGGUGGGGGUCCAGCUGGGGUCCCCCUCCAGUGCCUGGAGGUCUGGGGUCCAGCCCAGUUGCCAAGUGACCUUGACCCAGCUCCCUCUCCGGCCGCGUGA